AUGUCUGCGCGUGGCGACGAGCAGGAACAUGGUGAGCUUGAAGGGCGUGGUGGUGGAAAGCGCAACAACGCGAAGGCGGCGGCGGCGGCCAAGGGCAGUCCCUCGGGGAGGCUCUCGAAGGACGUGGCUGGUGGCGACAAGCAGGAACAUGGCGAGCUUGAAGGGCGUAGUGGUGGAAAGCGAAACAACACGAAGGCGGCGGCGGCAAAGGGCAGUCCCUCGGGGAGGCUCUCGCAGGAGGUGGCUGGUGGCGACGAGCAGGAACAUGGCGAGCUUGAAGGGCGUGGUGGUGGAAAGCGCAACAACGAGAAGGCGGCGGCGGCGGCGGCCAAGGGCAGUCCCUCAGGGAGGCUCUCGCUGGAUGUGGCUGGUGGCGACGAGCAGGCGCUGCCCAGGCCCGUUAUAGAAGGGCUAGCAGAGCAGCGAGGUGGUGGCGGUAUCGAUCACGAUGAGGACAAGCCUGCAGCAGUGACUGCUGGGAAAGAACAUGGACGUGAAGCUGUGAUUCCGUACAAACGACGCAAUGCUGUGGACUCGGCCGGUCGCGACCGAAAUGCGAGACAAGCUCGACAAGGGACGAAACAGUAUGUUUCGAGCUCGUCGGGUUCGGAGGAGGGAUCCAGCGAUAGUGAGUCAGGCAGCUCAUCCGGGAGUGAGGAAGUAUACGAGGACGAGGAGGAGGAGGAAGAGGAAGAGGAGGAUGAGGAGUUGGAGCCGGAGAGCGAGGAUAAGGAGGAGGCUCGGCCUUUGAAGAGGAGGGGUGUGCGGAAGACCAAGAAGGGCAAUGGAAAGCGAAAAUCGGAGACAGGACGGGUGAAGAGCUAUAAGCAGAGUGUGCGUCGUGCCAAACCACAUGGCAAGCGCCAGAGACCUCGAUUCGAAGCUAAAAUUGUGGGUGUGCGUAGCAAGGAGAAGCGGGAGUUGGAUUUUUACGAGUCCAUGGGGCUACGAUGUCCAUCAAGCCCUCAUGAUCGGAAAGCCACCGACACGUAUGCUGCGUUACGCGAGCAGAUGGAUUCGUCUGGGAAGGGAGAUCCGAUCGCUUGGGGGUCAGCGCGGUUUGGCAGGGAAGCGCCGGACCCGCAUGCAAAGCUUUCGGGGGGUCACGCGGUUCAGGUGAAAAUCGAGGGAGCAACGAAGCGGCACGAACCCUCGGCCGCCGCAGCAGCCAAUGACGGUGUGGGAGGAGGUGUGUGGGCGAAUUCCUUGGGUGAAUGUGGCGGCGGUGUGGAAGGCUCCAUGUGGGAUGUACGGGAUAGCAGGGGAGAAGGAGGAGACUUGAAAAUGGAUCCGGCGACUAAGGAGGGGAGGGGCGAGAGCAUGGGCACACCUGGCGCAUCCAGUCGGCCCAACGUGGCUGGCGGCAAGACGGUGGAGCAGCUCAUGCGGGAGCUUGCCCAGCGGGAUCGCGAAAUUGCGGCACUCAAGGCAAGGCCAGGAGCCAAAGGACCUGUCAAACCCUGCACCCCUCCGUCUAGGCCUCCUCCUAUUGCGUCUCUGUCGAGCGGCCCAUCUGCAGUGGGCCUCGAUCUAGGCGUGGCGCCAGAAAGCCCAUCGACGGUAGACGUACCGGUCCGUCGAACGCGUGGGAUGCCCAAGCCCAAGCUGCUGAAGGUGGAGCCCCUGUUCAUGGCGCUGCUUGGCUG